GUCGCUCUUAAAACUGCAGUAAAUCGCCACCACGUCAUGUGACUUGCCAGGUGUUCCCUAAAGCUCCGCCUCCGCUCACCUGUCACGGUGUUUUUGAGGUCCUGAGGAGGAGGCGGAGCCAGUGAAGCCAUGGGCGGGGCUCUGUGUAAAGAGGAGCUGAAGGAGGAGAAGAGGAGCAGUGUGACGAGGGAGGACAGUCUGACGUCGGCCGACAGAAUCCGACGAUUCACCGUCAAACAGCUCGGCUUCAACGUCCUCAGUUUGGCCCGAAGGGGCCUGAAGGAGGUUCCAGAUGAACUGUGGGAGCUUCUAGAGUUGGAGAAGCUCAACCUGUCUCUGAACAGUCUGAAGCAACUUCCUCCACAGCUGAGCUUGUUGUCCAACCUGGUGGUUCUGAACCUCUGGGGAAACCAGCUGAGCAGUCUGCCUGCAGAGAUCGGACACUUGAGGAGGCUCAGAGUUCUGUUUGCCUACAGAAACAAGCUGACCGAGGUUCCUGAAGAACUGGGAGAGUGUCUGCAGCUCGAGGUUCUGAGUCUGGCCAAUAACCAGCUGACGUCUCUGCCUGUGUCUCUGUCCAAUCUGACCCGACUGAGGAAACUCAACCUCAGCCACAACCUGAUCGCUCACAUCCCAGCCUGUGUCUACAACAUGAAGGCUCUGGUGUUCCUCCAUCUGGCCUAUAACCGUCUGGAGAACCUGGCAGAGAACAUCCAGGCUCUGGUGGAGCUGAAGAUCCUGAUUGUGGAAGGGAACAGCCUCCACUGUCUGCCCAAAGCCCUCUGCUGCCUCACCAGGUUGGAGCUGCUCAAUCUCAACUUCAACGACAUCAAAGAUGUUCCACAGGAGAUGCACCAGCUGUCGCGCUUAGAGAAGCUGGCCUGCCAUCCUCUGGACAAAGGUCUUCACAUUCUGCACAACCCGCUACUGAAGCCCAUCAAGGAGGUUCUGGAGGGGGGGCUCAGUGCACUGUUCAACUAUCUGAGGGCGGGGUAGAACCUCCAAAGAACCUAAAAUAGAACCCCCAGACUGAACAUAGAACAACCACACCACCUGGAUCAGAACCACCAAAGAACCUCCAAAGACAGUAAACAGAACCUCCAGACCUAAAACAGAACCUCCAGAUAUAAAACAGAACCACCAAAGACCUGCAACAGAACCACCACAGACCUAAAACAGAACCACCAAAGACCUACAACUGAACCAUUGAAGAACUAAAACAGAACCACCAAAGACCUACAACAGAACCACCACAGACCUAAAACAGAACCACCAAAGACCUACAACUGAACCAUUGAAGACCUAAAACAGAACCAUUGAAGAACUAAACAGAACGACCACAGACCUAAAACAGAACCACCAAAGACCUACAACAGAACCAUUGAAGACCUAAAA